UCUGUGUUUUAUUGGUCAGCACAGUGCCUUUGUCAGUUGUUGUUGCAUUGCCUGUUUGAUUUAUUUCAUGUUACAAAGCAAACUACUUUUUGACAACUACACCCCCUCGGAGAAGUACAGCGACAUCAUCUCCACCCACUUACAGAUUCCAGCUCUGUCUGAUGGACCGCUGCAGCAGCCUCUAAUCGCCCGCUAAGCGUCAGCAUUAUGUUACUUCCUGUUCACCAACCAAUCAGAUGACAUGUUCUACAAAAGCGACGCCACACGGUCUCUGCGCGCCGCCAUGUUGGAGCUGAAGGAGAAGAAACAAGUUGGAGAGAAGGAAAAUGGGGAUGAUGCUGCUGCCAAUGGGAAAACAGAUGAAGAGAAUGGAGAGCGGGAGAAUGACGUAGAGGAGGAUGAGGACGAUGUUGGAGAGGAUGAGGAAGAGGAUGGAGAGGGUGAUGAAGAGGAAGAUGAAGAUGAUGAUCUUGAAGGACCAAGAGGGAAAAGAGCAGCUGAGGAUGACGACGAUGAUGAUGAUGUGGAUGAAGUUGAAACCAAGAAACAGAAGACCGAUAAAUAGUCUGCAAUACCUGCUCUGUCUGGAGGAGGACACCAUCAAGAGACAGCCAGUUUUCCAGCAAACCUUCAAACACCUCAGUCCUCCCUUAACCAGAAUACAAUUAAAAACAUUUUGUUUGUAUUUUAUUUAAAUUUUAUAUUUUUGUAAAUAUUGUAAGGAGGUUGGCCAUUCUACAACAGUAUUCUCUCUGGGUAUAAAGUGGUGCUCUGAAGACUUUGAGAUCUUGUCAUCAGCCGUCCAUAUGUCUAUAUGAACCGACCUGAAGCAUUUAACAUUUCAUAUGUGAUACACACAAACACCUUUCCCACACACCCUGACUAACUUUUGUUACUAUCUAAGAUUCUGGAGUAUACAUGUAUGAGGUGUAUAUUAACUUUCAGCCACAUGGGAGCAUAACAGUAACUCAGCAUUUCUCAGAGUGCUUAGUUUGUAUUAGUAAUAUUUUGUAUGAGAUUCUAAGGCUAUAAAUUCUGCUGUGCAUCUGUCUUUAACUGUCUGCCUGUUAAUGCCCAUAGUUAAAUGUUUUUGUCUGUUAUUUAGUUGAAAAACAGUCAUUUCAUUGUUUUUCAUUUAAAUAUGUUAGUUUCCAGAAGUCCUUACUUGCAGUUAAUACGAGAUAAUGUGUCAUCAGUGAUGCGUGACAUUUUCAACAUAGCAUGAAGAUGUCAUAUCCACUGGCCACAAGUCUACAGUCUAAAAACAGAAUCGGAUCGCUGCUGAUUUCUUUCAUUGGACAACCAAGAAAUCACAUCUAUAAAGCUUGUGGAUGUUGUGCUUGGUUCGCCGAUAGUCAUCUUAAAAGAAUUGUUUUAUUUGUAGUCCAGGAUAAAACGCAAACUAGCAUACUAGCACUUGGUGACUAUCUGAAGACGUUCCUUUUAAAAACAUUUACAUCGUCGAGUUGCACUUUUCCUGGUUGACAGUUUCAAUAAAGUUUAUUUAAAAACA